UGCGGCGCCACCAACCUCCGCACAAGGACAGCGUCGACCACAAUACGACUGAACAGUCGCGUCACCGGCUGGAGUGGGACAGAAACCUCAUAGAGUCAGAGAUAGCAGAACGUGCGGAUUGGACGUCCGAUCAAUGUUCUAAUUCCCUCAUCGGCUCUCAUAUUGCAGAUUGUCUGGGGCCAUGCCCUUCUAGAGCCUUUGGGAACCUGGUACGACAAGGACACAACUCCACCAUGUCCGCAACCAUUCAGAGAGAGACUGGCUCGGCCAACUCUGCUGAAGCCAAGAAAACAGAGCUCAGAGUAAACGAAAAGAAAUGCUCAUGGGCAUUCUACAUGACAAACUCUCCCACAGUGAUUGUAAUGAUCGGCCUACCUGCCAGGGGAAAGACCUAUAUGUCUAAGAAACUGACACGAUACCUCAACUGGAUAGGAGUGCCAACCAAAGUGUUUAACUUGGGUGUCUACCGCCGAGAGGCUGUCAAAGCUUACAAGUCCUACGACUUCUUCAGGCACGACAACAAGGAAGCCAUGGAAAUAAGGAAACAGUGUGCUCUGGUAGCCCUGGAGGAUGUGAAAGGAUAUCUAACUGAAGGAGGACAAAUCGCUGUAUUUGAUGCAACAAAUACAACAAGGGAGAGGAGAGACCUCAUUCUUGAUUUUGGGAAAGAGAAUGCAUUCAAGGUGUUCUUUGUGGAGUCUGUGUGUGACGACCCAGAAGUCAUUGCUGCUAAUAUUCUGGAGGUGAAGGUGUCCAGUCCAGACUACCCAGAGAGGCACAGAGAGAGAGUAAUGGAUGACUUUCUCAAACGCAUAGAGUGCUAUAAGGUUACAUACCAACCUCUGGAUCCCGAUGAUUAUGACAAGGACCUAUCCUUCAUCAAGGUGGAGAAUGUGGGCCGGCGCUUCCUGGUGAACCGGGUGCAGGACUACAUCCAGAGUAAGAUAGUGUACUACCUCAUGAACAUCCAAGUGCACUCUCACUCCCUCUACCUGUGCCGGCAUGGAGAGAGCAAUCACAACAUGGAGGGCCGUAUCGGAGGCGACUCGGAGCUCUCCCCAGGGGGAAAAAAGUUUGCCCAUGCCUUGCGCGGCUUCAUCGAGGAGCACAAACUGUCGGACCUGAAGGUGUGGACAAGCCAGCUGAGACGUACCAUCCAGACUGCUGAGGAGCUGAUUGUGCCCUACGAACAGUGGAAGAUCCUCAACGAGAUAGAUGCUGGUGUGUGUGAGGAGAUGACAUAUGAUAUGAUCCAGAACUCCUUUCCAGAAGAGUUUGCCCUGAGGGACCAGGACAAGUACCACUACCGCUACCUAGGAGGGGAGUCCUACCAGGACCUAGUGCAGCGGUUAGAGCCUGUCAUCAUGGAGCUAGAGAGACAGGGCAAUGUGCUGGUCAUCUGUCACCAGGCUGUAAUGCGCUGCCUGCUAGCCUACUUCCUGGACAAGAGUGCAGAUGACCUACCCUACCUGAAAUGUCCACUGCACACGGUGCUCAAGCUCAGCCCUGUUGCCUAUGGCUGUAAAGUGGAAAUGUUUUACCUUAAUGUGGAGGCAGUGAACACACAUCGCGACCGACCACUUGAUAAGGUCCCGAGGGACCCAGCUCCCAUCCUCCGGCGGAAUAGUUAUACCCCCCUGUCCAGUCACGACCAGUUCAAGCGGCCCAGGCUCUACAGUGCCGGCAACCGGCCCUGGCUCCCCCAACGCCCCACCCCAUCGGCCCUGCAGUUCCCCGAGAUGCCAGAGGGGGUGCUGCAGCAAAGCCAAGACUCCCUGUGUGAAGGAAUCGGCUAUGACAGCCCAGAAGAAACUAGUGGCUGUGUUCGCUUCUGAGUGACUAAGAAGUCACCUUCAAGUUCAGCUGGUGCCUCAGUUUUUCCCUGUGACACUGAAGUUCUGCUCAUCCUCUCCUCCAUGUCCCUAUGGCCUUCCACAUCAUAUCAUAAUUUCCCUGCAUGCCAAAUAUCUGGAACAACUGGUGGCACAACUAUAACAAAAACACACCUCUUGCAUGUAUGCCAAUAGAGAUCGAACAUGAUCCUAAAAACCAUGGCUGUUACUAGUCUUAGGCGGUAAUGCCUUAUGUGUAUCAGAGACCCUUUGUGUCUUGUUGAAUAUAUGUGGCAGCAUGUUAUGGUAUCAUGAAAUCAUUUCCCACUACUGCAGCAUAAAACAUUCUUGCCAAUUAUCAGAUACAGUUGAAGUCGGAAGUUUACAUACACCUUAGCCAAAUACAUUUAAACUAAGUUUUUCACAAUUCC